AUGAAUGAUAACCAUAGUCUCAUUCCCUCUUAUGAUACCAACAUAAUUCAUAUUAUUAUUACAAUAUUGGGCUACAUAUACGUUAUCUGUUGGUGUAUUAGCUUUUAUCCACCGAUUAUAACAAAUUAUAAAUUAAAAAAUUCAAAUGGUGUGAGUAUAGAUUUUGUGGUACUAAAUUCAUUUGGCUACAUUUGUUUGAUAGAAUGUCUACUAUUGCAAUAUUACUCAAGUGAUAAUGGUAAUACUACAACACCAAAUAAUACACAACAAGAUAAAAUGAUUGUUACUUUAUUUGAUAUUUUCUAUUCCAUUCACGGGUUUAUCCUAAACUUAAUAUUAUUAUCACAAAUAAUGAAUUUAUGGCCAUGGAAAUUUCAUACUGGGAGUGCAACUGCUAUAAAAGGUAACAAACAAAGAUUAAAUCCUAGUUACUACAAAUUAUUGAAAAUUUGUGUAUUAAUAUGGAUACUAAUAACACUUAUAUAUAAAAAUACCGCAAAUGAUAGUAGUUAUAUCACUUUUAUAAAACUUGAUUUGGCUCAGUAUUGCAAUAUUUUAAUUAUGGGUAAAAUCUUAAUGACAUUGAUUAAAUAUAUACCACAAAUAAAGCAUAAUUACCAAAGGAAAUCUAUGAUUGGUUUUAGUAAAAUUACAAUAUUGUUGGAUAUGCUUGGUGGAAUAACCUCGUUGUUACAGUUAUUUUUAUUAUCUUUAGAAAAAGUUAAGGACAGUAGUAUUAUGGCAGUAUUAGGAUUGAACUUUGGUAAGAUAGGUAUUUCUUUAAUCACCAUUACUUUCAAUAGUAUAUUUUUGUUACAAUUCAUGCGUUACAAAGGGAAUGAUGUGCUAAUAUUAGAAAAAGAAAGUAUCAACUUUAAUAAAAAAUACCGAAUGGUAUAA